AUGUAUUCCAGAAAAAUGCACGAAAGAAGAUUUGCUGUUUUGAAAAGUGUUACUCCAGAUUUACCAUGGGGUGCUCUAUGCCAAACCAAAAGCGAUAUUACAAAACCUUUUGAUACAGGCGCUAUGCUAACCUUAUCUUUUUUCGGUUUAAUGAGCGCCAUUAUGGCAGUUUCAACAUUAUAUGACUAUUUGACAAGAAAUACUAAACAACAUCCCUUGCUAACUGCUUUUUCCAUAAAGACAAAUGGAACGAAGGUGUUUACGGUUGAAAAAAAUGCUGGUGAAUUUUCUUGCUUAUAUGGUAUUAAAUGUCUCAGUAUGAUGUAUGUGAUUCUUGGACAUCUUGCAUCGACUUUUAUGGGCACUCCUAUGGAUAACAUGCUGAAUGGAUUGGAUUAUUUAAAUUCAACGAAGAGUAUGUUUUUUGGAAAUAACGCUCAAUACGCGGUGGAAACUUUUUUUCUGAUUACUGGAAUGCUGAUAGUCUAUAAUUUUCUGAUUUUGACUCAGAAUGGCAAUGGAAUAAAUGGCAAUGGAAAAAAUACUUUGGGUAUUCUAUCUUCACAGAUACCUAAGAUUGAAUCCUGCCAUAAUUCCAGUACUUUUAACUUCAAUAUAUCUUAUAAAUUAAAUUGGCAAUGGUCCCCUACAUCCUUUAGGAGCAUCAUCUAUCACUGA